GAAAUAUUUGUUUGAGUGUGAGCUCCCACUCAAGGUUGAAAUAUUUGUUCGAGGUUGAAAUUGCGGUGAAUAUUAAUUUUUAAGAUGGCUCCAGAGCUCGUUCUCCCAUUGUCCGAGCAUUUUCCAGGGCGUAUCAGCUACGGAGGAAGCAGGUACUUCACUGCUAUAAAGGAUAAGUUCGAAGCCUUUAAGUUGAGUGAUAAGGUGAAGGAAAGUCCCUUCGAAUCUUUUUGGAAUGCCAGUGUUCUUCAAUUCUCUGGGGUGAUUGUGCAUCAACUGUUAUUGAGGAAAAAGAAAGUCAGUGAAGUUAAAAACGAUGAAGUGUGGUUUUACGUGGGUAAAACAGAAACCAGAUUUGGGAGGUCUGAGUUCGGUUUGAUCACAGGCCUAAAGAUGAGUGGUGGCCCCUCGACAGCAGAAUUGAAUACACAAUGUGAUUCUGAUCGGAUACUGCGGGACUAUUUCAACAAUGCGAAAAGGGUGGCCUUCAAAACCCUUUGGCUAGCUUUUGAGGCGUGUGAUGUUGAAGAUGAUGUUUACAAGCUGGGUUUAUGUGCUUUUGUUGAAGGCAUUCUGUUGUCACGGUCCGAGGGUGUGUAUAUUUGGACUGAUAUGCUGAAGUUAGUUGAAAAUGUAGAUAACUUCUUCGAGUAUCCUUGGGGCCUCCUUUCUUAUCAGAAGCUGUUGUCUUCCACAGCUAAAAAUAUGCAGCAGCUACGGCAAAACUACCUGGAUAAGUUGUCGAGCAAGAAAGAUAAGAAGAAGAAGAAAUCGAAGAAGGAGAAAAAAUUUACUCAACUAGAAGCGAAGUACAAUGUGUACGGAUAUGCACCAGCCCUGCAAUAUUGGGCGUUUGAGGUCAUGCAAGAUGUGGGGAAGAAGUAUGGGCAGUGCAAAGGGAGCAGAUUCCCUAGAAUGUUGAACUGGAGCACCCCCGUUACUGUUACGAAACACGAUGUGAAGCAAACUGAUGUGGCACUGCUGUUUGAGAAAAGGAUGGUUGUCCUUCAGAUCUUGCACCCUCGGAAUUAGGAGGUUGAAUACUGGAACUCCAAUUGUGAGGGUGAAGUCCCCACGGUGGAUAUGGGCUCAGAUGAGACGGAAGAAACAGAAGCUGGAACACAAGAUUCCACUCAAUUCGAGACCCAAGCAAAACGGGUGGCGGAAUAUGUUCAAACUGCAAAAAUCAUUCCACCAUCACCACCGAAAGAACAAACAGAGCCGUCCACAUCAGGCACUGUGCCUCCAACCUCAACUCCUGCAGCCAAUGACGCCGACUACCUUGGGUUGGCGAAGAGAUUGGAGAAGGUCGAAGCCCAACAAAUUGCAAUUCUGGCUGCACAGAAUGAGAUGAAGACUACGUUUGAGAGUAGACUGGUGGAGAUGAAGAAGCUUAUCAUGGAUCAACUUGCGACCGUGAUAAGUUUGUUACAGAAGCAACCAUCACAGCCAGCAGAGGAUGAAUGUCGUCAGUAUAAUUCUGGUUCUGAAGACGACGUGUACCCUAAAGAUUGGUAACCCAACGUAGAUGAGGUUCCUUCUACUCCAACGGAUGCCAUUAUUAUGGCCAUCGGAGAUACGCAGUCUCAGGAUGUGCAACAGUUGGAUGGGCCACCAGCUGGAGUGGAAUUUGUGAGGAGGGAAAAAUGGAAGCCAGUGUAUUUGAAGGACUACACAGCGGGGAAGAAGAAACAACGAACUGGUCCUGUUGAGGUUGAUACUUUGAGGCCAGCAGACCCACGACUAUACAAAUUUUUCAAAAGGUGGAUUACUUACUCGAGGGACAACCGCCGUCCUAGAGAAGUGCACACUGGCAUUGCCGAUCGGAGUUGGUUCAUGAAGUUGAUGGUGGAGCACAAAUGGAUCGACGAUUCUCAAAUUGAUGUCAUAUUCCACUUGUUGAGAAGAAGGAGGAAGCUCUUCCCUGAGGUGUACACUACGAAUUGUGUGGUUCUGAACACAUCUGCUCCACAAAUAUUUUCAAUGUACUGGAAUUGUCAUGAUGGUGACAGAAGCACAUUUAUCUGGGAUGAGUCAGUCAUUGAUUAUGUGAGGGGGAUGGAGCAUCGGCACUUGCCUUGUUGGGAGAACCAGGAGCACAUCUACUUCACAUUGAACCUUCCUGCUGAGAAGCAUUGGGUGGCUGUUGAGGUAGAUAUUGAGAAUUGGCAGAUUUUUGUAUAUGACUGUGAUAUCGGCGCCACGACUGAGGACAAUAUGAAGUCAUAUUUGAAGCCUUAUACCGAGAUAUUUGCAUCCUUAUUGCGGGCUUCUAGUUAUUUUAAGAUCAAUAGUUAUGUAUUUCCGGUUGAAACAGGUGAUCUCAGCCAGCUCCCACAAAUGCAUUAUAAACGAGCUACUCCGGAAGUUGUACCGCAAGCGGAAAGCAAUGGCGAUUGUGGAAUAUAUGCCAUUGAAUACGUGGAGCACCGAAUGUUGGAUCGGUCGUUUGAGAAAGUUAACGAUGAUAACAUGCUCACCUUUAGACAUAGGUGGUGUGUUGACUUAUUUUACCAGAAUGUAUAAUAUUUACGACACUAUUAUAUUUUGUCAGAUUAGUAAAAUAUGUUAGAAAUCGUCUUUAAUCGCUAA